AAGAUAAUAAUUGGAAGAAAUAAUAAUAAUAAUAAAUAAUAUAUUAUGCCAAACAAAGUUUUGUUUCUAGUAAAGAUUUAAUUUUUUAUAUCACAUUCCGUUUUGUUUAAUUUCUGGUUUUCCGAUCAUUCCAUUCAUUCAAAGAAGAAGAAGAAGAAGACUCAUCUCCAUUAAUUAAUUGUACCACAACCACCACCACCACCACCCACUUCUUCAUCAUCAUAAACAAACUCAACCCUAAUUCUUCAAUUCAAUUCAAUUCGUACCUUCUUUUUCACUAUCAAGGGUUGCGUAUGAUAGUACGGAAAGAUAUGAGCUGGCGCAGAGUAGCAAAUUCGUUACAGGCGUUUUCUGCUCACACUGCACUCUUCUGCUUCACGCUCUUGCUUGUUCUUAAGCUCGAUCACUUUGUUUUCUUCUCCUGGUGGGUCAUUUUCUUCCCUCUUUUCCUGUUUCAUGCUGUUGUUGCGCGAGGAAGAUUCUCGUUACCCGCUCCAUCAGUUCCCCAUGGCCGUGAGUGGGCACCAUGCCAUUCAGUUGUUGCCACACCUUUGCUUAUUGCAUUUGAACUACUUCUUUGUAUCUUUCUAGAGAAUAGCUAUGUUUCUAAGCCUCCACCUGUAAGCUUGCAAAUUGUCUUCCUUCCUCUGUUGGCAUUUGAAGUAGCCAUUCUUGUUGACAAUUUCAGAAUGUGCAAGGCUUUAUUACCAGGAGAUGAUGAAAGCGUGAGUGAUGAUGCAAUAUGGGAGACACUUCCUCAUUUCUGGGUUGCUAUCUCCAUGGUUUUCUUCAUUGCUGCUACCGUAUUCACUCUUCUAAAAUUAACUGGUUUUGUAGAUGCUUUAGGUUGGUGGGAUUUGCUCAUAAAUUUCGGCAUCGCAGAAUGCUUUUCCUUUCUAGUUUGUACAAAGUGGUCUAAUCCCGUGAUUCACCGAAAUUUACAAACAUCUGAAGCCAGUUCAUCAUCUACAGCUAUUAGAUAUCUUGACUGGAAUAGCGGAUUAUUGGUUUCGUCAGACGAUGCAUCCGAGGAUACCAUGUGUAGUUUGCAAGACAUCGGUGGUCACAUAAUGAAAAUUCCCAUUAUUGUAUUCCAAAUCCUUCUGUGCAUGCGGUUAGAGGGAAAACCUUCAGCUGCUCAAUCUAUCCCUCUUCCGGUUAUAUUUUCUCCGUUAUUUAUAUUGCAAGGAGUGGGAGUUCUACUUUCGGGAUCAAGAUUGGUGGAAAAAAUUAUUGUUAUACUACGUGCUGGAACUGGCACCGGAAGAUAUUUCACGUAUUCGGCUUGGGCCCGCGACUUUUUUGGGUUUUUGCACCGUGGCUCCAGGCUGCUUGGUUGGUGGUCAAUUGAUGAAGGAAGUCGAGAAGAACAGGCAAGACUUUACCAUGAUGUCGGUUCAGGUUAUAAUACUUUUUGUGGUUAUCCACCUGAAAUAGUAAAGAAAAUGCCUAAGAAGGAUCUUGCUGAGGAGGUUUGGAGACUUCAAGCAGCCCUUGGUGAGCAGACAGAAAUCACAAAGUUUAGCCAACAGGAGUAUGAAAGACUUCAAAAUGAAAAAAUCUUGUGUAGAGUUUGCUUUGAAGGAGAGAUAAGCACCGUACUCCUCCCCUGUAGGCAUCGCGUUCUCUGCAGUAACUGCUGUGAAAAGUGUAAGAAAUGCCCUAUAUGUCGUGUUAGCAUCGAGGAACGAUUACCUGUAUAUGAUGUAUAGCCUGAAGUCUAGCUUGAAGCCCGUGACAAUCUGUGCGGUACAUGACAACACAUGACGGAAACAAUAGUCUGGCUCGAGCGAAAAACAUUAAAGAUACAAAAAAAGGUUGCAGUUUCUUGUUAACUUAUGAAACACUGUUCAGUUGAUUUUUGGUUUGCUUUUUGGUUGGUAGGAUGUAAAUAUAUGGAAUACUACAUCUGACUGCUCAUUUUAAGAAGUUGGUCAUGGUUGUAUAUGUCAAAGUCUGCUGAUCUUGGUUUGACUGGAGUGAAUAUCGAGUACAAUCAAUGUUGACUUGGUACAACAAUUUAAUCAAAUUUGCUGUAAA